AUGCUUAUACAUGUGUAUAUUUUCUUCAUAAAAAAAUUAAAGACAGACCAUUUUCGUGUACCAUUUCUUGCUGUCACCCGAACUGGUAAACGCAACUGUUGGGGGUUGGUAAUGCCUGUUGUUCGUGACGGUAAGACAAGACUUCUACGCUACCCUGCCUUACUGUCACAAUGCAUUCUUGAAUCUUCAGUGUAUGCGAAAUGUGUUUUGUCAUUAAAAGAUGUUAAGCACAAUUCUUGCGAAAAAGAAUUUCAAAUAUUAAAACGUUGUGUUCAAAGCCGUGCACGAGAAGCCGGCAUAAGACUUUGA